GUCGUCCAUUUUCUUUUUACUUGCACCGGUAAAGAAGCACAUGUGCUUUGUUAAUAAUUUUUAAAAGGCUGGUUCAUCGUAAAGCAAAUUUUAAAGGAUUCGUACAGUUGACAGUAGUGCAUUGUACAUUAGAAAGUGAUUUAGAAAACAAAAACAAAAAUGAAUACUGAAAAAUUAAAGAAAUUGCAGUCACAAGUAAGGAUUGGCGGUAAGGGUACCCCACGACGCAAGAAGAAGGUUGUACAUUCAACUCAAGCUACAGACGAUAAGAAAUUACAGUCAUCUCUAAAAAAAUUGUCAGUAAAUACAAUUCCUGGUAUCGAAGAAGUAAAUAUGAUUAAGGAUGAUGGAUCAGUUAUCCAUUUCAACAACCCCAAAACACAAGCUUCUUUAGCUGCUAAUACAUUUGCCAUUACUGGUCAUGGAGAAAACAAACAAAUUACAGAUAUGUUGCCAGGAAUUCUGAGUCAGUUGGGGCCCGAGGGCAUUACUCAACUCAAACGAUUAGCCAAUACAGUGGCUAACGCAGGAGGUGUAGGUAAAAUUGUCCCAGAGGAUGAGGAAGAUGUGCCAGAUCUAGUAGAGAAUUUUGAUGAAGCCUCAAAAGCCGAAGUUGCAAAGAAAGACGAAGAGAAGCCAAAGGAAAAUUAAAAGGUGUGUUAAUCGUUACUCAUCGGUCAAGAAGAGGUGCAUAAGUUGAUUCACCCUUAUAAUUAUGUUCGGAGAAAACGUUUUGAUAUAUUUAAUGUGUUAACUAAUCUACAAAACUUUUUGUUAAAUUAGACAACCUUGUGAAUAGAAUAUUUCGUAGGAAAUAUAUAAAUAUUCUACUAUA